AUUCUCGUCGGGUCUUAAAACAGGGAAGGGUUCUUUUGAUCGCAAUAAAUUUUAAGUUUAAAUUCAGUUCUGCCAAUGUUGGAAAAUUUAUGAAUCAUCAUCGCGUUGCUUGCAACCUAGUACUAUAGAUAAUAUUUCAGUAGGUAAAGGAAAUAUGUGGGUACAUGCGUUGUACAUGUAUGAUAGGACUCUACACAAUACACUAUAGACAUCGUCAAUAUUUGUGUAUUGUCGACAGCGGUUUGCGGCUAUGUUAUUAUUUGUAGUUAGAUUAAAAGUAAAAGACUUAGAUAUUAUUAAACUUAGUUUAUGGAAAAAUCGAUUGAUUUGAAAUUAUAAUAAGUUUCGGAAACUAUCACUAGCUACAAAUCAUCGUGACUUAUUUAUUUCAACGUAAACAAGUAAUGAAUAUGUUCCUGUAUGGCUGUACGAUAUAGAAUAGAUUGUUAUCAAAACUAGAGUAAAAACUUGAUGUUGAUUUCUCACCGUAGAUUCGCAGCAGCUGUAAAUAUGAUACACUGACGUGUCACUACACUGACGUAAUUUAAUGAUAGGACGGAUGAUGCCAGUCUGCUAGACGAUGUCCACGUACUUAUGUGUUUCUUUUGACGUUUAUUAAAAACGGGCUGGCGGCUGCGAAAGCGCUUUGAUGCGCUGCUGAGCGUAGCCAACUCGUUGUAGCAAUGAAGUCUCUACAUUUUGUAAUUACUAGCCUUUUGCUUGUGUGGCUCUUCUUAGUUAAAGCCGACCAGGAUGGUACCGCCGCUCCCGUUUCUAAUACCGAGGUUCAUCCGGCUAAAGAGAACGAUGUUAGCCAAUCAAAUGCAAAAGCUAAACCUGUUUCGGAGAGCAAUGACGAAGAGGUCGUAACGGAAGAUUUUGAAUUAAUUCUUGAACACUUGAGAGAAAUUACAGCUCUAAGGGAAAACAUCCGUUCUCGACUGCCUUCAUCGGUUGAAAAAUCUGUUUUGACACCUACAAAACAAAAUGACAAAGAGAGUGAUGAGUCUGAUAAAAACAGUGACACUGCAUGGAAAGUUACUCAUGCCAUGCGGAUGAAAGAUGAUGAUACUAUUAAUUUGAACUCUCAAGAAAUAAUUUUGAUGGAGGAAGAAGAAGAAGAAGAAGAAGAAGGCUGGUCUGAUGACAAAACUGAAGACGAGCUAUCUGAAGAAGUACCAAAAAUUUUAACUCCUGAAGAGCAAGAGGCUGAAGAUUUAUUCAAUCAAGCUAAAAGCCUUUUAAAUGCCACUAAAGUUAACAAAGUUGAAGCUUAUACAUUGUUGAAUACAGCUGCAAUAUUAGGUCAUAAAGAAGCUCGAUCAAUGAUUGCAUGGUCACAGUUGCUUGGAAACCAUGUUGGCUCUUCAAGACAAGAUAUAAAUGCUGCUGCUUUGACUUUAAAGGAAUUAUCUGAAACUGGAUUGCCUUCUGCUCAUAUGGGAAUGGGAUUUUUGUAUGCAACUGGAUUGGGAGGUGUUAAUGCUUCCCAAGCAAAAUCUCUUUUGCAUUAUACAAUUGCAGCUCUUGGAGGUGAUAUACGGGCCCAAAUGGUUAUGGGUUAUCGUCAUUGGUCAGGUAUAACUACUCCAGCAUCGUGUGAAAAGGCUUUAGAUUUUUAUCGAAAAGUGGCCAAUCGAGUUGCGGAUGAAGUAUCGCUAAGUGGCGGUCCAGUUGUCCAAAGAGUUCGGCUUCUUGAUGAAUAUGAGAAUCCAAAUUAUAAUUCUGGAAUAUUUGAUCAGGAUUUAAUAGAAUAUUACCAACUUCUUGCUGAAAAAGGUGACAUUCAGGCUCAAGUUGGUUUAGGUCAACUUCAUUAUCAAGGUGGAAGAGGUGUGCCUAUUGAUCACCAACGUGCAUUACAAUAUUUUCAAAAUGCCGCAGAUGCUGGUAAUCCUGUAGCAAUGGGAUUUUUAGGCAAAAUAUACUUGGAGGGAAGUGACAUAGUAAAGCAAGAUAAUGAAACAGCUUUAAAAUAUUUCAAAAAAGCUGCUGAACUUGGAAACCCUGUAGGUCAAAGUGGAUUAGGUUUAAUGUACUUACAUGGUAAAGGAGUUGAAAAAGAUCCAGCAAAAGCUUUACAAUAUUUCAGUCAAGCUGCUGAACAAGGAUGGGUUGAUGGUCAAUUGCAACUUGGGAACAUGUAUUUCAGUGGUACUGGAGUUCGACGAGACUACAAACUAGCUAAUAAGUAUUUCAAUCUUGCUAGUCAAUCUGGUCAUGUUUUGGCCUUUUACAAUUUAGCACAAAUGCAUGCCACUGGAACAGGAAUGAUGCGCAGUUGUCCAUCAGCUGUAGAAUUGUUGAAAAAUGUUGCUGAACGAGGUAAAUGGAGUGACCAGUUGAUGGCGGCUCAUGCAGAUUACCGGGAUGCUCGAGUAGACGAAUCCUUUGUUAAGUAUUAUCUGUUGGCUGAAAUGGGCUAUGAAGUUGCUCAGAGCAAUGCUGCGUUUAUUCUCGAUCGAACCGAAACAAGUAUAUUCAAUGAAGAGGAGGGACUUGUCCGCGCCCUUGCUCUGUGGGCUAGAGCCGCCGCUCAGGGUUACUCUGUUGCUCAGGUGAAACUUGGAGAUGCACAUUAUUACGGCCGUGGCACAAAAGUAGAUUAUGAAGCUGCUGCAAGUCACUACCGGUCAGCUUCUGAACAGCAACACAAUGCUCAAGCGAUGUUCAAUCUUGGUUAUAUGCACGAACGAGGACUUGGUUUGACGAAAGAUCGUCAUCUCGCGAAACGAUGUUAUGAUUUAGCAGCUGAAGCGAGUCCAGAUGCGCGUAUACCAGUGGCUUUAGCUCUUAUUAAAUUAUUUCUUCUUUUUGGUUUUGAUUAUUUUCAAGAAUUAACAAUAAUUGACCAAUUAAGUAAAUGGGAAGAAAUAAUUCCUUCUAAUUGGGACAUAUAUUUAAUCGGAAUCUUUAGCGGAGCUCUUGGCAUAAUUUUUUACUUAAAAAGAUUAACCUCGAGACCUGCUGCUGCUGCUGCACCAGUAAAUUAAGUUAUUUCAAAUUUGAACAAAUUAUUUUCAAAGUUUUUGAGACCAAUCCCAAAAACUUAAACUCUUUGAAUAAACCGUUCUAUUUCCAGAUAACUUAGAGAGAAGUUUUUAUGUUAACUAUAAUAGAAAAACUUUUUUUAAUCAUUAUUCUACGAAUAUUUUUCUUUUCUUUACUCAGAAUAAGUAUUAACUUAAGUAUGGAUUUUACCGUUUGAAUGUAAGUUAAUAAAUUUAAAAUUGAUAUUUUUCAAGUGCAAAUGCUUAUCUGGACGUCAAAUAAAAUAAGUAGAUUGUUCUC